GCGACGCCCGUUCACCCUUGUCCACGCCAUGCUCGUCCUCGUCCAGGAUAGAGGGUCACGGAGGGUCUCGUGUCUCGUCGGCGUCGCCAGAAACGUUGAGAGACGGACCGAUCCACCGUCGAUCGGAGCCAACGAUGUCCGACGAUGCGCGAGCGGAUUGGAAUUGAUGAAAAUUGAAAUUGAAACGCGCGUGCUAUUCCGAGUAAUUCCGAGUUGCGAGUAUCGAGCUCGUGAUCGCGGCGUUGCGAAUGUGCGUGCGCGUACGAGCGUUUGUCAUCGCCGAACUCGAUAGAAGCAAUCCCAAUAGAAGGUCGAGCGAAGCAAUAAAAACAAGAGACUCGAGUCAACGGAGUCGGGCCGGUCUUUCUCUUUUUUUUUUUUUUGUCUCUCGUCUUCCCUUUUGGUCUCGCGAAGUUUCGCGUUGAAAACGGAGGAAUUGAUCGGAGAGCAGUUGGGGGAAAAUAACGAUCUCGCAAAUUCAGUUACGGUUAUCGUUUUUUUACAUAUACGCAUGAAAAUUACAAACGUACGGGAACUUGGCCCGUGCACGCGUGUUCUCGAUAUAUUCACAUUUAAAUUUUAAAUUUCGAUCACAUCUCGCAUCGCUCCUCGGCCUCGCGCGAGUCAAGGGGGCGCCAAGAGGACCAUCGAAAAGACCUAAGCAACACGCGCCCGCGGCCCGGCCCUGAGUCGCCGUCGUUGCUCCGAAUUGCGCCGAGUGGCGCAGGGCGCGCAGAAAGAGGCGUGCGCGAUACCAGCGGCACGCGGCGAGUAGCUUCCCUGCCCGCGACCCGCGACCGCACGUGAGCCAUUGAGCCAACGGCUCACCCAGCUGUUCCAAGAGACGAGCAAACCCCCCAUUGUAAUCUGGGUCAUGGCAACUGCGCAAAAUGUGGCAAAAUGGCCCGCUGCCGCGACGGAGACAGAAUCGCGCGAUUCGCGCGGCGUCGUUCCUCGCGAGAGCGUCGGUGACAUUGCAAUUUUCGAUACAUGGCACACGAGGCCUCCUGAUGGCACUCGUGGCACUUCUCCUCAGGUUUCGCACUUUCGUCGCGUCGCCGCGUCGUCCACGUCCACGUUCGCAGUCGCAGUUGCUAACGCUGCGACGCGACACACGGACACAGACACCCGACCCGAGAUGCACCGCACCGCGCGUCGUAAUUGCUGGACGUUUAUCUGUCAAUGAGCUUGACUGGUCGCCGACCUGAGAGAGCCACGCGUGGAUUGGCCGACGGACUUUGCUCGGCGACUCAUCGCGACCAAUGACGACUCAGGCGCGAGACUUCGAAUCACUCGUCAAGUCGUCUCACAAUCAGAACAGUCUCAGAACUCUCGCGAGUCCUAACCUAAGUGGCCCUGAGCGCUCUUGAUCUUGAGAAGCGACCGAGAUCAUUGUUCGACGUGACUAAUUUCUUUAAAGAGUAGCGUGUCGUCCUGAAAAGAAACAACCUAUUUGAUAUACUCGAUGAAUUGAAUUGUUCCACGGACUAUGGAGACGAUCAGAAAUGUUGUUGUGGGAGUGUCUGGCGGUGUCGACAGUGCCGUGGCGGCUCUUCUACUUAAAAACAAAGGAUUCAACGUCACUGGAGUAUUUAUGAAAAACUGGGACAUUAGAGAUGAAACGGGAAGGUGCGCGGUCGAGAGAGAUUACGACGAUGCUCGAUGGAUCUGCGACAAAUUAAAAAUCCCUUUGAUACAGGUCGACUUUGUCAAAGAAUAUUGGAACGAGGUCUUUAGUGAUCUGGUGGAAAAGUAUCAGAAUGGUUAUACUCCAAAUCCAGAUAUUUUGUGCAACAAGAACAUCAAGUUUGACAAAUUUUUCCAUCUCGCGCGUAACAGAUUUCAAGCGGAUGCAAUUGCAACGGGUCAUUACGCUAAAACGAGCUUUGGACCUUAUCUAGAGAAUUAUGAAGCGAACACCAACGUGUGCUUGUUACAGGCACAAGAUAGCAAUAAGGAUCAAACUUUCUUCUUGAGCCAAGUGCCGCAACAAACUUUGAGACGUUGCAUGUUUCCUCUUGGAAAUUACUUGAAGAGUCACGUAAAGAUGAUGGCCGUACAAAUAGGAUUGCGCCAGAUAGCACGAAAGAAGGAAAGCAUGGGUAUUUGUUUCGUGGGAAAACGUGAGUUUCAGGAUUUUAUUUCAGAGUAUAUAAAAGAUAAACCUGGUGAUUAUAUAGAUUUGGAUAGUGGACUGCCGAUAGGUAGACACGAUGGCAUUCACAAACGGACGAUAGGGCAAGGAUGUAAAAUUUCCGGCUGUCUCAAGCCCUAUUACGUGUUUAGCAAGGAUCAGGAGUCUAAUACCAUUAUGGUGGUAGGUGGCACAACUCACCCAGCGUUAUACACCGACUUUCUGAUAACACGGGAGAUUCAUUGGAUCAACGAGGAGCCGCGCGAACUCAACAAUGGCGUGUUGACGUGUAACUUCCGCUUUCAACAUAGAAAUCCGUUGAUCGGAUGCAGAGUGUACAAGAUGUCCAACGGUCGCUUAUUUAUUCGUCUUGACGCACCUUUACGAGCGAUUACAAAGGGGCAGGUAAUUUAUAGCGAAUAA